ACUAAUGACAAACAUUACAAUUUACAAGUGGCAUUUAGUUUGCUUAAGAAAAGCAUUUUACACCUAAAUCCAUAAGAUAAUUUUAAAAUUUAUAACUAAUAACUAUUUAAUAUAAAACCUAAACGCCUAUCGCGGUAUUGUCUUAUCGUACCUCUCAUUGCGACAGUGAAUUACUAGUUUUCAAACAAAUAACUUCCAAAGUAUCUAGCUAAACAGCAAAGAUGGGUGAACGCAAAGGGCAGAACCUUUACUAUCCCCCCGACUACGACCCUAAGGUCGGGGGGCUGAAUAAGUUCCUGGGCACCCACGCUCUCAGGGAACGUGCCAGGAAGCUUCACAUGGGUAUCUUGAUCAUCCGGUUUGAAAUGCCAUACAACAUUUGGUGUGAUGGAUGCAACAACCACAUCGGCAUGGGGGUGAGAUAUAAUGCAGAGAAGAAGAAAGUGGGAAUGUAUUAUAGUACACCAGUGUACCAGUUCCGUAUGAAAUGCCACUUGUGUGACAAUCACUUUGAGAUCAAGACGGAUCCCGGGAAUUUAGACUAUGUCAUCGUAUCAGGGGCUAGGAGACAAGAGAACAGGUGGGACCCAACAGAGAAUGGACAAAUUGUCCCAGAAACAAAAGAGACCCAGAUGAGGCUGUUUGAUGAUGCUAUGUUCAAGUUGGAACAUAAGAAGGGAGAUGAAGAUGGUGCUAAAUUAGAUAAACCACGGCUUGGAAGGCUUGUGGGCAGGAAUGAGACUGUCUGGAAGGAUGAUUAUGAAGCUAACUGCUCCUUGAGAAGGAAUUUUAGAAAAAGACGAAAAGAACUAGAAGAAGCUGCAGUGAGUGAUGGUUUACUCUUGGCCAAAUCCUCCCUUGACAUUAAUCUACUGCCAGAAACAGAGGAAGACAGAAACAUGGCAACACUCCUCUCACUCAGGCCAUCAUCCAGCAUAGAAGAGAAGCAGAAGCAUACAAGAAACACUAUCCUAAACAGUCCUGCAUUACCAAGCUCUGCAGGACUCAUCACAAGUUUUGGAGGUCUCAAAAAAGAAGAACAGUUCAAAAGCACCCAGUUAACAAGGAAUUCAUUAGGUAUACUGAUUAAAAAGACUAAAGUGGCAGAUGAUAAAGCAGCAAAAAUAGAGACAGUAACUAGAUUUGAGUCAAUAGUUCCAAAAGAAAAGACAGGGAUAGUUGAAAUGCAGAAUGAGAAAGAAAGAUAUGAGAAACUAGGGUGUAAUGUUAAAGAUGAUGAUAAAACCAUUGAUAGAGUUAAGAGUGAAGAAAAAAUUGCACAUGUCAUUAAAAAUGAUGAAAUUAGUACUGACAAUAAAAUUGAUUCUAAAGCUGUAAAUACUAUCAAAAAUGAUGAUUCACCAGAGAGUAAAAAUAAUGUUGAAAUGGUAAAAGAUAUUGGAACACAUCAAGUUACUGGAAUUAAGUUAUUAUGUGAUUAUAGUUCUAGUGGAGAAGGGUCAGAUUGAGCUAAUAAUCGUAAUAUGGAUUUUUACGAAUAAAUAGAUGUCUGAAGCCAAAAGUUGAGUGUGAUUAACAGGGGAAUGAACAUGAAAUGUGAAUUAUAUAACAUUGUAGUUAUAAGAUCAUACUAUUGUAUAUGAAGUAGUAUACAAUUUCCAAUAAAGGAAUGGCAAAAUUAAUUUUCUGGA